AUGGCGCAAAGAGCAGACCCGGAGGCAGAAGAAACACUCCGGUUGAUUGAGGAAUACGAUCUCGCUCUCCUCUAUGAAGCAGGAACGGUCACUUACCGAGCCCGAGGCGCAGAAUCGACCAUCGACCUCUCCCUAGCCACGCCCAGGCUCGAAUUGCUAUGGAUUGCAGCCAGCAGAGCCAGAGACCAGGUACGGGAAGCACGUGACGUGACGAUCGAUGAGAGCGCGGAACAAGCAAUAACAGGCCACAACAACCUCACAGGCUACGGCCAGUCGGCUAUAGCGUUGUACACAGAUGGGAGCGGGAUCAGCGGCAGGGUAGGAGCGGCAGCAGUAUGUCCGCAAUACCAAGAGACACGGACAGCCUACAUGGGCGAACAGCUGGAAGCCACAGUAAAUGCCGCAGAACUGCAAGGGAUCUUCCUUGCCUUGAUUAUCAUCCUAAGGCAUCGAAGCUACCAGGCAGUGGUCUUUACCGACAACCAGGUGACUUUGCAAGCUCUGCAAAACCCGGGAAGACAGUUUGAACAGUACCUUGUAGAAGCAAUUAUAGUGGCUCUGAACAUAGCAAGGGAAGGAAGCCACGGAAUGGCGGCAGAUUCGCGGACAUCGUGGCAGGAUGAAAGAAGCAAUGACCGCAGUAACAGUGCCUCGUCCGAUCCAGUAGAGACUUCUUCGUUCGGCGGUAAAAUUCAGGAUCCGGGAGAUAACAAAUACCCAGUGGGAAAAGGAGUGGCAGACGAGCCUGCACGGGCGGACAAUAUACGAGCUGACACCGACCCCAACCAGACGGGUUUUGAGAAUAUACCGAAAUUUUCCUCGCUCCCUGAGCACGGUGAUCGUGCUGAUGCGCACGGGAAAAAUUGGGCUCCGACACUAUCUAUACUAACGCGGGAUACCGGAGAUGCAGGACGGAGACUGCCGCUGCGGGAGGGCUACCCAGACCGUACAGCACGUCCUCCUCACCUGCCCACUCUUCAGGAACUUACGCGAACGAUACCUGGCGAAACCGGGAGGAGGAUUCGAAGGAGGAGGAAACGUGAAAACGAUACUGAACACGCCUAG